AUGCACCCGGAGGAUCCACUCUCUCUUACUACGUUUCCUCCUACUGUAUUUCUUCGCUCUCUGCGGGAAGUAUACUUCGACCUUCCCUGCUUCCUCUCGUCCCUUCCCGCCCCUCCUGCUGCCUCGCAUCUCCGCACACAUCCCGAUCUUCACGUACGACAACCGCGGACAACGCCCCGCAUCGCACCUUCUCGCUCGCCUUCUGCCGCCUGCCCUCCUCUGCACCACGACACCACUGCAGCAAAGCGGGGACUCGUUGACCUUGGCGCCGGCAUAUCUCUCCCAUCGACCUUACUGUCUCGAAACAAGGGCGUUGUCCACGGUUGCGGGGGCCUGGCCCUGCACGUCACUGGAGCCCUUCAAAAACAGCAUUGGGCAUAG